CAGCCUCUCUCUCCCUCCACUUCCCGCACCUUCACCACAACCCUUCAACUGAUCGAAAUCGGGCGAUGGCAUUCCGCUCCUCUCCCAUCUCCCCUGACGACGAUAUUUUCCCUUCCAGAGGCUUCAAACUUCUUCGCCCUCUCAUCUCCAACUUCUCAGGCGAUCCAGGAGCUGCACACUUCCUUUCCGCGGCUUACUCCGGAGACCUUCAACUCGUCAGGCGGUUGGCGAGUGCUCUGGGGGAGCCCGUAGAGAGCGUUAAAGACGACCAAGGUCGAACUGCUUUCCAUUAUGCCGCUGUUGGAGGGAAGACCCUUCUCUGCAAAUAUUUCCUCGACGAACUCAGACUCCCUGUUGAUAUCCGAGAUGCCUUAGGGGAGACUCCUUUGCAUCAAGCAAUUUUAGGCCAUCACAACUGCACCGCCGAGUACCUCUUGGACAACAACGCUGAUCCUAAUGCGGCUACUGAUGAUCAGGGGUUCACACCAUUGCAUUACGCUGCGGGAAUAGGAUCCAAAAGAUCGGUGCUACUUCUGAUGUCGAAAGGUGCUGAAGUGAAUGCAAAAUCCAGUUUUGGCACCCCGUUGCAUUUUGGAGCCGGAAAUGAAGGCAUCGUUAAAACUUUGUUGCAUUACAAUGCUGAUCCGAAUAUUGCUGUUUUUCAAGCAUAUUCUCCAUUAGUAUCAUCAAUUAUAGGGCGGUGUAGCGAGUGUGUGAAGCUACUGUUGAAGGCUGGAGCUGACCCGAAUUUAAGUCCGAGCUUAAGCUUGCUCCGAAUGUCUCCAUUGGAUGCUGCUGUCAUGCAGGGGAACACCGAGAUCAUCAAACAGUUGUUAAGAGCAGGAGCGGAUCCAAAUGCGACUAAUGCAUUUGGUAUGAAACCAAUUGAAAUAGCUGCAUUCAAAAAUCGCCCCGAAGCUGCUGAGAUUCUGUUCCCUGUAAGCUCACCUAAUCCGGAUGUGCUGAAUUGGACAUAUGAUGGGAUAAAGCAGUAUGUAGAUUCUGACGAGCAAGCAAGCAAGAGAGACAUCAUAUGUUUGGAAAGGUAUUUGCUGUUUAAAUCAAGAGGGAAAGACGCAGUCACUAGGAAUGAUUAUUCUGAUGCCGUCUUUUGGUACACUCAGGCCAGUGAAGCAUUUCCUCCUGAUGCAGCUGCAAUGUUGUCGAAUCGAAGCCUAUGCUGGGCGCGGUUAAAGGAAGGUGAGGAAGCUUUAAGCGAUGCGCAUGCCUGUAUGAUGCUGAGGCCUGACUGGCCCAAGGCAUACUACAGGGAAGGCAUUGCCUGGAACUUGCUCAAAGAGUUUCGGAAAGCUGCCAAGUCAUUUGCUUUUGGGCUGCGGUUGGACUCGAGCAAUAGGGACCUUCAAGAUGCCUUAAGGGAAGCUUUGGCAUCAGCAGCAGCAGCAGCUGCUGCUGCUGCAGGGAAUGGAUACAGAGUGUUUUGAUCAGACAUGAUUAGCCAGUUGUCAGUUGUGCGAUUGGUUUCACGUUUUGUGCUCGUAUUCCUUCUGCGGGCCGCGGUUGAAAUUGUGUUGUUCUGUAACGCUGUGUUUGCUUCUAGGCUUUUUGUGUACCAUCCUAAUCUCAGCGGUCGUAUUCAGGGCGAUUGUAAAUUAGGUGAAUAGUUCCAGCACUCUCAGGCUCUCAGCUACCUGUUACGUCUUCAGAACGUAGUUUUCUCAAGGGUGGAAUUUUGUAAGUAGUAGUUUUAAGAUGUCGAUAUGGGGCAAUGAAUGGGAAGGUGGUAUGAACUGUGUAACACUCUGGGUGGUCUAUCCCUUCUAAGUUCUAACAUAUGAUUAGCCGUUGGAUUUGAAUUUCAAAGUAUGUAACACAUUCUUUCGAAAAUACCUUAAUAUGAUCGUAACUUUGCGAUCA